CCCUUCAGCCGCUGCUCUUCGGACCUCGAGUCACGUGAUGGCGGCCGGCGGCGAUGUCUCUGCCUCCGCCGUUGCUCUGUGGGGGCAGAGUAGCGCGUCCGGACGGCGCGGGGCACUUCCGGGGCAGGCGGCAUGAAAAUUAUGGGAUAUGGAUGGCAUUAGGAAAUUCAGCACGUUGCAUGCUGGGAACUGGACCUUUGCAUCCAGAGAUCCCUGGGCAAGUCAUUUCUAUCUACAACAUAUUCUGAAAAUUUUCCAAAAGGCAACGCACCAGAUGGCAGCAUGUGGCACACUGAGGUGCCUACCUGCAGCGCACUGCACUUUGCAUCAACGCACUCUUGCACUGAAUGCAGUGACCAUCUCUGAGGGGGACUAUCAUGGUGAAAUAUUGUGCAGCAUAUAACUGCAGUAACGCAGACACAAAGUUAAAUCGGAAGCAGGGAAUAACUUUUCAUAGGUUUCCCAAGGAUAAUAAGAAAAAACAGCAGUGGGCCCAGGCAGUACAUCGGGCUGACCCCGUGAGUGGCAAACUCUGGACACCAUCUGAAUGGGACAUGAUUUGUUCUCAGCAUUUCAAUCCUGACUGCUUCAAAGAAAUUAAUGGAAAGAAAUUUUUAAAGGAAGGGAGUUGUCCUUCUAUAUUUUCCUUUCCUGACAAUUUUCAGAGAAUAGAUAAUUCUCUACGGAGAUCAAAACGUGCUGGCAUAGUUCUAGAAAAUCCUCCUCUUGAGGCAGAUCCCAGUGAGGUGCAUGUUACACCAGCCACGGUAACGAAAACAGCGAACAACCCAAAAAGAUUAUCAGAAAACUUCAGCUGUUCUCAUGAGGUAGACACCAAUGGGAUGUGUAAUACACAGGACACAGUAAUGACAGACCACCAUUACCAUAUCACAGACAGUCCAAAAACUCUGAAGAGGAAAUUGGAUGAACUUUUAGCAGAGAAUCACAAGCUCAGAAGAAAAUUAAGGAAUGCUUCUGAUCAAGAAGAGAGACUCCAUAAAAAUGUGGAAAUCUUGUUGGACAAGCUGCACUCUAAAGACAUGUUGUCGAGGGAAGUAAUGUGAUUGCUAGAUCUGUGCAAAGGGCAUGGGCUGAAUGACAGAUCUUCUCUCCCACUGCACCCAGCUGUUGGAUAAGAAAUGUUCACUAAUGUUUAUUGCUAUACAUGUCAUUUUUGAAUGUAUUUAUUAAAUAAAAAGACAUGUAAACACUACUGAAGUUUUCAUAUAAAAGCUAGAAACUUCAACGUUAAGAUUGGCACUUGUGGUGUUCAGGGAGCGAAUGUCAGCCUUUUCUUUUAAUCCCUGUCUCCUCUUCAUUUGUCCCACACGGGGACAAUGAAUAUAUAUACCCCAUAUAUUUUAGAUAUAUAGUUUCAUGGAGGGUGGAUGGGAGUUUUACUGUUUCUUUGUUUGUUUGUUUUUAAAGUCUUCUGUAGACAUUUACUAAGUGGACAGUAUUUAGCACCUACGUUAUUCAUUUUUGUCUUUUUCCCCCCUUCUCCAUCUUAUGUCACCUUUUCAGUGCAUUAAUUUCUAGAGAUGCAAUGGUGUCAUUGCAACAGCCAUCCACAAGUGCACUAUAAAGUCAGUUUACAUAAUGGAUUGAAAUAUAUACCCCUUUUUUUUUUUUUGAAAGCUCGGCAUUUGCAUUAACUAUCAUGUUAAAUCCUGUGAUCAUGCGUAGUAAAGGGUGUGAGGGUGUGUGGGGGGGUGUAUGGAUAGAUGCAGACUUAUUCUAGUCCAUUGUAUCAAUAUAUAUUUCUGCUGUCUAUAUAGCAUGCUAAAAUUGAACAUAUUAAAAUUUAUUACGAAAAAUAA